AUGCAGACCUUCAAACGGAUCCGCCCCCAAAUCUUCCCCGCCCAACCCACCCUCACCGCCGGGAACCUCCCCCCGCAGUCCGGCCGGGUAGUGAUCAUCACGGGGGCCACCUCGGGGCUGGGCCUGGAGCUGGCCCGCAUUCUCUACGCCGCCGGCGCCACCGUCUACAUGGGGGCGCGCAACGAAGCCAAAGCCAACGAUGUCAUUCACACCAUCAUCACCACCACCACUGCUCCCUCCCCGGGGAAACUCAUCUCCCUCCCCCUGGACCUCUCCGACCUCCGCACCAUCCAACCCUUCGUCACCGCCUUCCUGGCCGCUUCCCCCCGACUCGACCUUCUCUUCAACAACGCCGGCGUGGCCUGCAUCCCCCUGAACGAACCCACCGCCCAAGGCCUCGAACCCCACCUCGGCACCAACUGCGCCGCCCCUUACCUCCUCACCACCCUCCUCGCCCCGAUCCUCACCACGACGGCCCAAAACCCCUCCACACCCCCCAACUCCGUCCGCGUCAUCUGGACCUCCAGCAUGGUCGUCGACUUUCUCGCUCCCACGGGCGGCGUGCCCCCGAUAGAACUGACCACCCCGAACACCGACCCCAAUCACAACUACGCCGUCAGUAAAGUGGGUAAUUGGUUCCUCGCAGCCCACAUGGCCAAAUCCCUCGGCGAGAAGGGGGUGGUGAGUCUUACUCAGAACCCGGGCAACAUUUACACCCCGAUCUAUGAUCGCGCGCCGAGAUGGUCGGUGUGGAUGAGUAAGCCGGUUUUUUAUACCCCUCAGGAAGGGGUGAACACGUUGUUGUGGGCGGGGUUUGAUGAGGGCAUAACGGUGGAGGAUGGCGGGCGGUAUGGCAUUCCGUUUGGGCGGUGGCAUCCCGCGCCGAGGGAGGAUUUGGUGGAGGCGAUGAGGGAGGGCGGGACAGGCGAGGCGGAGGGGUUGGUGAGGUGGUGUGAGGGGGUGACGAGGGAGUUCGUUAGGAUGGAAGCUUAG